AUGAAGAUAGUGCGGCAGCUUCUACUGGUGGCUGUAGCCUGGUGGUUGCGACAAGGCGGCGCUCCCACCGUGGCCGGACAUUGUGCACCUAGGUGUGGGAGAGUGCCCAUACCUUAUCCCUUCGGGCUCGAACGCGGGUGCGUGAGUUCCGAAGAGUUUUUGCUCCAUUGCAGUACCACCGAAGGGAGCGGUGAUCGACUACUGUUUCGCACGGAUAUCAAACAAAUUGAGACGCCGGAGAAUUAUUCGAUACGCAGGAUCUCAGUCAGCGACUCGACCAUGGUCAUCAGACUCCCCGAACUAAACGACUGCUACAACAAAUCUGGCUCGCCAUUAAACACAAGUUACACAAGCAAAAAUCUGGACAUCGAUCUAUCAGAAUAUCCACAGUACAGAUUGUCGGCCACCCGGAAUGCCCUCACAGUCCUCGGUUGUGACACCUACGCGCUCACGAACGUGACCGCGGUGGUCGACAAAUAUGAUUUUUCCCGGGGCGGCUGCAUCUCCUACUGCAACGAGUCCGUUGACUUGGCGAAGGAGACCACUUGCUCUGAAUGUCUUGCCAUUCAGCCCCUGUGGAGUGGCCUUCGUGGGGACAAAGAGUCAUUCAAUAUCUCCAGCAAGAGACUCCCGACCUUCAAUGAUUCGGGCAAGAGUUCGGACCUUGUUCUGGACUGGAUGAUCGGAUGGGACGUCAAUUGCACACAGGCCAAGUCGAACCCGUCGAGCUAUGGCUGUGGCAACAACACUGACUGUCGCGACUUCGCGGAUGCACCGGGUUACCGUUGCUUUUGCCAGCAUGGGUAUGAGGGGAAUCCCUAUGAUCUCUCCCGCGGGUGUCAAGACAUUAAUGAGUGCGAGGACCCACAGAAAUACCCAUGCCGUGGAAAGUGCGAGAAUCUGCCUGGGAGCUACAGAUGUGACUGCGACGGUGAUAAUCGUCGCGAUAUAGCUCUUGCAAUGAUUCUUGUACCCGUCGUCUGCAUAUAUGCUAGUGCUUCAGCCUCAGUCACGUGGAAGUGGAGAAUUAGAAAGAUAAACUUCAAACGAAAUGGAGGAAAGUUCUUCAAAAGUCAAGGAGUUCAAAUCUUUACGGAGGCAGAGCUGGCAAAAGCAACCAACAACUAUGAUGAAAGCAACAAGCUAGGCGAGGGUAGUUUCGGUUCCGUCUAUAAAGGGAGAGUAGCAGUGGACAAGGGUGGUUCCGGUUCUGUCAAUAGAGGAAGAAUAGCAAUGGAUAUCGAGGUCGUGGUCAAGAAGCCUAAAGAUGUGCACAAGCCUCUAAUGAAGAAAGAAUUCCAAGAUGAACUUCUAACUGUGAUGCAAACAAACCACAAAAAUAUGGUGAAGCUCUAUGGCAUAUGUUUAGAGACUAGAAUACCUUUGCUAGUUUAUGAAUACAUUUUGAGUGAUACCCACUUCAAUACCCUCUUCAAACACAUCCAUCCGAAAGUGUCAACCUUCUUGAGAUCGUGGGAAAACCGGCUCAAAAUAGCCACUGAAGCUACACUUGCACUCAAGGAAAUGCAUUCUAGCGGAAUCAUUCAUGGCAACAUCAAGUCAGCGAAUAUACUUAUUGAUCAAAAUUACUCGGUGAAAAUAUCUGAUUUUGGAACUUCAGUACUUAAAUCACUGCAGCAUAGUCACAUUGUAGCCACUGAAAUAGAAGGCACAUUGGACUACAUUGAUCCAGAAUAUUUAACCACUGGUAAGCUAACAAUUAAAAGUGAUGUAUACAAUUUUGGAGCUGUCCUCAUGGAGUUGCUCACCGGAAAGAAGCCUACAAGUUUUGUUGCUAAUAAGUCCGAGGAGCCAAUCAAUAUUAUCCCUCAUUUCAUCUCUUCCGUGAAUGACGGGACACUCUUUGAUGUCAUAAAUUUUAAGGCCACUGGUGAAGAUGAAAUCAAGCAAGUAGAAAUGGUUGCUAAGAUUGCAGUGAAAUGCUUGGACCAAAGCAGUAGAAAGAGGCCAACAAUGAGUGAAGUGGCUCAGCAACUCCCCCCAAUUAACCAGAGCUUGACAGUUGCAGAAAACAUUGAAGAGCCCAAAUUCAAAGUGGCUGGAACAAUCUGUCCCACUGUUGAGAUUUCAGUGACUGACUGUCUUUCCUGUCUGGGAUCAGAUUAAGUAUGUUCCUGCAUUUGAUCCUUUAUUCCUAUAGUAACAUGUAGUAAUUGCCCAUAAGGACUUAUAGGGUUGAUUGUGUGCUUUGAACAUGUGUUAUGUUGCCAUUUGCUAUGGUCUUAUGUUUGUGCAAGCAUUUGGGCUAGUUUAAGUGUGAGAAUUUAAUAUACUAUAUGUGAAGCUGUGCAUUGUAGUAGACUUAUCUUAUGGCCAUUUUGGCAUUAUAAUAAUCUCUCUUUCCCUUUA